AUGGCCGAUUCUCACACUAAAAUUUCGCUGGCCAUCCGAAAAUUGAUCGUUGAUUUGAAGGAAGAUGGUAAAAGCCUGUCCGAAAUUGCAGGAACUGUGAAUCGCCCGCGAUCUUCGGUGCAGUAUGUACUUCAGAGCUUCAAGAAAACAAAAUCUCUUGAGACUGCUCCCGGAAGAGGUCGCAAACCGAAGCUUACAGAUCGUCACGUUCGCAUACUUUUACGUGAAAUCAAGGAACAUCCUAAACAGAGUGCUCCUAAGCUUGCAGAUAGCCUGUUGCGGUACGACAACAUUAAAGUUAACCCACAAACAAUACGCAAUGCCCUCCACGAUAAAGGAUAUCGAGGAUGCGUAGCGCGUAAAAAACCGUUCAUUUCUGCUAAAAAUAUCAAAAAGCGGUUGGAAUACGCUCAAUAA